AUGGAGCCCCCCUGGCGGUCGGCGGCCCUGCCCGACGCCUCGCCGGGGCCGCUGGCGCCGCUGGCUGCGCGGGCGGCCGCCGCGCUCCGAGCGGCCGCGCAGAGCGUCGCGGUCUUCGAGUCGACGGCGGGGGGCCUGGUGCAGGCGGCGCUGCAGGCGUGCCCCGGGGCGUCGUCCUACACGACCUGCGGCGCGGUCACGUACGGGCCGAAGAAGGCCGGCGCCGUGCUCGGCUCCUUCGACGCCUCCGCGCCCCGGCCGCCAGACGGGCCGUCCUACAAGGAGUCGAAGCGGGCGUGGACGUCCUCCCUGGCGAGGGCCAAGCGGGGCGAGGUGGGCGCGACGUGGUGCGUCAGCGAGAGCGGGGCGUGUGGGCCAACCUUCAACUUCCCCGACAUCAGCUGCGGCUUCACCGCCAUCUUCGUGUCCGGGCCUAUCGAGAAGGCCGUCUUCGUGGAGUCCACCCACGCCGACCGGGAGCAGAACAUGUGGGCCUUCGCCAAGGCCGCCCUCGACCUGCUGGCCGAGUGCGUGGAGGAGCACGCCGGCGCGUCUCCGCCGGAGGAGCACGGUGCCCCCCUGCUCCUCCCGAAGGAGGACAGGUACGGUGGCGUCGAGGUGGACGUGAUCGAGUCGAUCGACUCCGCGGAGGCGGUGGCCCGCGCAGGUGCGGAGCUCCGGGGACACCUGGCGGAGUGGCAGGCGGCCGGCAAGGGCGGGGUGUGGCUGCGGGUGCCGCGGAGCAGCGCGGCCUUCGCCGGGCAGGCCGUCGCGAGCGGCUUCGAGUUCCACCACGCGAGGCCGGGCUACGUGCUGCUGACGCGCUGGCUGCCGACGGAGAGGCCCUCGCCGCUGCCAAGCUACGGCUUCACCCAGAUAGGCGUCGGCGGGGUGGUCUUGAACAGCAAGGACGAGGUGUUGCUGGUGCAGGAGCGGGUGGCGCCGAUUCCCAUGUUCCAGAACAGCUGGAAGAUGCCAGGUGGCCUCGCAGACCCAGGCGAAGACUUUGGCCAGACGGUGCUCAGAGAGAUCAUGGAGGAGACGGGCGUGACAGCCUCGCUCGAGGGCGUCGUGAGCCUCCGGCACACCCACGGCGUUCGCUUUGGGCAGGGAGACAUUUAUGUUCUCGUGAGGAUGCGCGCAAUCGAGGAGGGUAUCAGCAUCGACGAGUCGGAGAUAAAGGAUGCCAGGUGGAUGGACAAGGAGACGAUACGAUCCCUCGUGGCUGAGCAAGGCGCGUCGUUGGAUGGCAGGGUUUCGGCCAACAACUGGAAGAUGAUCUGCAAUGCGUUAGAGGGGUCCCUGAUUGCUGUCAGUGAGCUCCCCAACUCGCGGGGUGGACGGCCGACGAUGCUUUACACGGCUUCCACAGUGUAG